AUGAGGAACACUCUUGAUGGCUCUGGAUCUUCUUCCACAUCUGUGAAGGGGUUUAUGCAGAGAAGAAGAUACAAAAGGCUUAAUGAGUUCAAUGGAGGUAGAAAAGAUUCUAGAUUAGUUAAGCUUGGAGGGCACAAAGAAAGGCGAGGAUGGAAGCUCAAAGUGUUGCCAAAGUUAAAUCUGAGAAUAGUUAAGCUUAAAGAAAAGGUUUCAGCAAAGUCAUGGGUUGGAAAAAUGAGAGAUGCAUAUGUAAAAAUGAUGUUCAGUCUUUCCCAGAAAAGAAUUAAGCAGACCCCUGCAAAAAUGGGUAUUGAAGAUUUCAACAAUAAGAUGGCUGUGGAAAUUUACAGGUCGAUCGGAAUUCAAGCAGAGGUCUUGCGACGUCAGACUUCUAGAAGAUCUAUUAAGUAA